ACUUGCUCUUGUCUCUUCUAGACUAGAUAACGACGAUGAUAGCAUUCUGCAUUAUCGUUACUUUCCUCUUUGAUAGACUAUGUUUUAAUGGAGGUUCUGAUGUUUUUGAAUCUUGUACAGAGGCCUUCUAUUAUCAGAAGGGAAAGAAUGAUGAAAUUUUUCAAAUUCAACCUUUAGAAAGCGGAAACAUUUCGAGUAUUCGUUGCAGAAAAGAAAAUGAUACUUUUGGAAUUGCUUUUCUCGAUAACAACUCUGAAGAUUUAACUCUCCUAAGCGAUUCUAGAUAUGCAGCAGGUAAAUCGUUCGUCAAGGAUAUCAUUUACGAAGAUUUCAAUGAAAAUGAAUUGAAUAGCUUUCUAAAGACAACAACAUUUUGUAGACAAGGAAUGAAAAUCGAAACUUUUGAAACGUCAGUUUAUGAUCAAAGUUUCGUUUUUUGGGAUGGCUUACAAAUAGAACCAACUGAAGCGUCUAUUGAUGGAGUAUGCAAUUGCUUCAUCAGUAAAAGAUGUAUAGAUGAAUCCAAUAUCGCAGCGGGAUGUUAUAUGACUGGAGGAGGUCAGCAAUGGUUUACGGACGAGGGAUAUUUUUCGGUUAAGUCAUCGAGAUUACCAAUCAAAACAUUGCUUUUUGGAGAUGUUGAUCAUGAAAGUGAAAAGUUAAAAUAUCAAGUAUGGAAAUUGGAAUGUCUUUAUCCUCUAUACACAAUUACAAUUCCUGAUCUUAGUACAAAAUGCAAAGAAAACAAUAGUCAAAAGCAGCCUAUAAUAUACGAUUUAAUGGAUAAUAAAUUGGAAUCUUGUCUAUAUUCUACUACAAAUCCUUUAGUUUUAAGAAUUGAAAAUUCUUCGCCAUUUUCAUCAUUUCAAAUUAUUGGAAAAGAGAUAAAAGAUUGCGAAUAUUCUAUUACUGCUUAUUCAAACAAUGGAAGAGUAUGUAAUGAAAUCGCUAAUUGUAUUUUUCACUGUGACGAUACCAAGAUGGUUGACAUUCAAAUAUUUAAGAAAAUUGACAAUGAUCAAUUGGUUAUUUGUGAUGUUAUGGUAAUAUAGAAAAGAUAUUCACCUCGUUGUUAAGGAACGUUAAUGUUUUCUUCGACGCUUGUAUUCUAUAUAGUUAAAAGGGUGAAAGCGAUAGUGGAAAUGUUUCUUAUUAUCAGUAUUUUUAGAAUAAGACAAUUGAUUACAGAAUACAUGCAAACGGCAGAUUAUAGAUUUUCACUUUCUCUAAUGGCAGUUAACAUAUUUUUUAUUUUCCUUUUCUUCACACAAAGAAUUGAGUCUCGUAGUCGAAUAGGUCAGAUUUUAUCCGAACGAAUCCGUAUAUUUUAUCUCUGCAUAUUGGACAAUGAGGUUGAGUUAGGCUUAUAAAACAAGCUUCGCAGGCAAUAAUAUGAGAGCAGGGUAAAUUGAGAAUAUUUGACGGCCUCUUGUAGCAUAUUUUACAUGUGAAAGAUUCUAUAUCGAUAGCAGACGAGUUUGCCAUUUGAGUGCAUAGAUGGUAAGUGGUUAAUGGAGAGUUUUCUAAGCCGUUUUAAGCAUUGUCGGUUUGUGUGAAAUAGAUGGUUUUUGUGGAAUAACCAAAAGAAAUAACCUUGUAAUUGUUAAUUAAAAAAACACGAUAACCUUUUUAGGCCUAUUUAUCUUUAACUGUUCAAAGAUACGAAAAUCUAUUUUCCUUUUCUAGGCCG